CAGACAGUUGUGACGACCAUUGAGAUAUUUUCUGUUCUCUGAGCUUUCCUCGGUUGCGAGAACAUGCAUUUAUUUUGAGAGAGUAGUGAGAGAAUUUUUUUGAUCGUUUUUUGUGAUGAAUGAGCGGAAUGCUGACGAAAAAUCUGUUCCUGACCGAGAGCGACCGCGAUAUGCAUCUGUCAGAGAAUCGAUCCUGAGUGUGUGUUUGUUUUAUCACGACAGUUGUUCUCUCUGGCUGAGUGACCACAAAGCUGGCCGAAGCAUCUGUGCAUUGAGCGUGAUUUUCACGAAUCUCCGUGAAGCCUUUUUAUCCAUCUAUCACGAUCCCCACGCAAACGACCACCAACCUUCACCUUUCUCCUACCAAAUGUCUACAGCUCUUUUCGUUUCUUGUAUGCCUCCCCGAAACGCAACCACCUCUUUCUACAUUGAUACCCAUAAUUGUUGCAGGACGAAGAUUUUUAGAGACCACAUCUAUAACAUCAGAGACUUUUAGAGUAGAGUAAGCAACAAGAUCAACACCGAGACCAAUAUGGCACCACCACCAAACAUGGCUGCCCACAAGGGCAUGAGUCCUGCAUCUACCUUGAUGCUCGAAGAUGCCCUGAGGAACAUCGUGGAGGGCAAGGGAUGGUUGACCCGCGAUAAGAAAAGCGGACUCGUCCCGAUGGGCCAGAUGUCAGUCUUCGGCAACUUUCCACCAGACUAUGUGCCCAAAAGAGUAAGGGAAAAUGUCAAGGUAUUUUUCUUUUUCUUGGUGUAGUUAUACUUGUCUUUGUGGUCAACACAGUCAUUGGUAGUUAUCCGCAUAUGAAAGCAAUAGCAUGAGCAUGUUUAAUGUUAUGUUUGCGGCACUUUUUGUAGACGUAGUUAAACGAAACAUGAAAAGAACCGCUGGUGCUGUGAACCUAAAAGAAAGAAAAACAUGAUCAUUUUUCCAUUCUCCAAAACCUCGAAACUAAACAGUUCGCCACGAACUCUCCCAUCAAAGCGGCUGCGAGUAAGAGACAAACUGCCAAGAGCCGACGACCGAUCGCUCCCACUGAAUUUCGACGAUUCUACGAGCGUGGUGACUUGCCCAUCCAGAUCGAUCAUUCCAAGGUUGGAGGCAAGUUGAUGUGGAAAAUCGAUUUGGAGAAACUAGACUAUCACCACUAUUUGCCGAUCUUCUUCGACGGUCUAAGGGAGAAGGAAGACCCGUUUCGGUACUGUUUGGUUUUUGAUUGAUGUUGUUGUCCAUCAUGAACAUGAUUUCUUUUUCUUACGUACUCCUGGCACUCCUGGUAGGUAAGUAGUAAUAGUGAGGUCGACUUCGAGUUGUUAAUACGACUGUGUGGAUGCGGUCAUCGUUGCUCUUCUUUAGGACGACUAAGAUCAUGAACAAAAGGAAUUCUUUUGCCGCACUCACUACACGAUAUCACGAUAUUACAAAUACACAGAUUCGUCGCUGUCUCUGGAUGCUACGAUAUGCUUGCGGCAGGUGGAAGCAAGAUCUUGCCAGUUGUCCCUCAGUUGAUCAUUCCGAUCAAGACUGCGCUCAACACCCGUGACGAAACUAUCAUUUGCACAGUCUUGAAGCUUCUGAUUGAACUGGUGCAGAGUGGAGAGAUGGUAUACCUAAAGUAUGUAUAUCUUCUGCUUAGUUAGGUUGAUUUUAAGAUCAUUAAGUUCGAAGUCGAACAACAGCACUGCAAUGUAAAUGUUGCUGCAGAGGUAUCCUUAUUCAUCUCUGCGGAAGUAUAAAGAAAAGAAAAAUGAGAAUUAUGCGGAACGGUGGACGCUCAACCUUACCAACACUUCUAUCAACAGCCUGAUCAGCAUCAGCUGAUCAUGAACAUUUUGAUUCUUCUAAAAACAUCCCUUUUCUUCCAAUGGACCACCUCUCUAUCUCACCCCCGUGAAUCUCAGAUCGGCGAAGCCUUGGUGCCGUACUACCGUCAGAUCUUGCCGAUCUUCAACAUCUUCAAGAACAAGAACGUGAACAUCGGAGAUCAGACCUACUACGCGCAACGCAAGAACCGCUGUCUCGGCGACCUGAUCCAUGACGUGUUGGAAGCCUUCGAGAUCCAUGGAGGCGAAGACGCUUUCAUCAACAUCAAGUACAUGAUUCCAACCUACGAAAGCUGCGUGCUUUCCUAAAUGGAUGUUGUUGGAACAGCUCAGAUAGAAGAUUGGGUCAACGAACUACAUAGACAUACUAGAGAAGCUUAUACUAGGAAAUAAGUUUUUAUUUGAUGGAUCUCUUCUAAUUUUUAUUCGUACAACAUAAAUCAUGUGACAGACAAUUACAGAAACAAACAGCAUAACUUCUAUAAUUAACGUAGUAGAUACAAAAGGUAUGACAACUUCUAAGUGAGUAAGCAUAACAACUAGUACAGAGUUCUUUGACGAUUAACAAGACAACGACUACAACAUCAACAAUUCUUCAACUACAUGUAGAUAAUAUCUUUUCAAAAUCGACGAAGCCUAGAAUGUAUUUGUAAAAAACGUUGAAUUUAUUUAUAUUUUCGUAUUCUUGGCAGGUAAUUGAACAGGAGAUGUUUGAACAGUAGAGCCUGACGGACGGGGAGGACCCUUCUCCUUCAUCAUCUGUAUUAUUAUUACAAAUGCGUAGACGAGAUUGAGAUGCUGCUCGGACCUGCUCAGUAGAACUAUUAGGAAGACGUAGGACAAGCAUUUGAGCACGACAACAUAACAACUGUAUCUAUAGAAUUGGGGAUAGAUUGAAUAGAGCUUGUUUUCCAUGGUCUUGUCGUGUAGUUUAUUUGAACAAAGUAGAAAGUAGAGGAACUAAACGAGAAGCAGAAGAACUACAUAAUGCACAGCAGCUCAUGACAUGAUGCAUAAGGACGACGCUGACGCUGAUCACUUAGCCUGCUCGGACCAACUCUUCCUCGACAAGACCAUGGUGAAUAUGUUUUUUUCAGGACGAACAUGCACUAUAUUCUAUUGGGAAAAAAUGAAAAUAUGUGACUGCAACUGUAUAUACUAAACUGUAACGCAUAUUUUCGACAUGUCAACAUACUACGGGAAAAAUACGUGCUCUUUGUUCAAUAUGCAGCUAGAAAGGAGAAAUUUAGUAUUUACUAGCGCACCAUUGCAAAUGCAGUGAGGAGGAUUCAAUACUGCUUCUUGGACGAACAGAAACUAGUACAACAAAGGCUUUCAUCAAUUUCUCUUUCAUCUGGACCAUUGCUCAAAUUCAAAAAAGAUAUGAAGAAAGCCCGAGGACGAGGCCUCUUGCUAGCCAC